CUUAUUAAGAAAAACCUGCUGAAUAACCGCACACACACACACACGAAUAGACCAGACUGAAGAUAACCGGCUGUCGUUCGUACGUCUUCCUGCUGAGUUGCAGCAUGUGGGAGGAGAACUUCGAUACAGAGCAUGAGGUUGGCGGUAAGCAGGACUACUCGCCGGUUUCCUGGCGGGAGUAUUUUGAUCAGAUGGAGGAUGUGCAUGUGGGACCGGCCGACAGCAGAGACAUAUUCAGGAUUUAUAAAGCAGGACAUGAUGGACCACUGCUGGUUCUGCUUCAUGGAGGAGGACACUCAGCCCUGUCCUGGGCCGUCUUCACUACAGCCAUCGCCAGCAGGGUGACCUGCAGGGUACUUGCUAUGGACCUCAGGGGUCAUGGUGACACUGUGGUCCGCCAAUCAGACGACUUCUCGACUCAAACCAUGUCCAGUGAUGUAGCCAAUGUGAUUGGAGCCUGCUACGGUGAGACUCCUCCCCCCGUUGUCCUGAUUGGUCAUGGCGUUGGUGGGGCGAUCGCAGUGCAUACAGCCAGCAACAUGCUGCUACCAACCACUGUUGGCCUGGUGGCUAUUGACGUCGUAGAAGGCAGUGCAAUGGAAGCACUCCACAGCAUACAGAACUUCUUGAAGGGAAGACCCAAGUCUUUCAAGUCCAUGGACCAUGCUAUAGAGUGGAGUGUCAAGAGCGGGCAAAUCAGAAACCUGGAAUCUGCUAGAGUCUCAAUGGUCGGUCAGAUCAAAAGAUGUGAAGUGGAGGAGACUGACACUUUGGAGAAGGCCAGCCCGGUGACCAACGUGGUUGUCGAGUGUAACGAAGAGUUCUACGAUCAGAGCUACGUCAAUGACAAAGAAAAUGCUGCCUCAGAGAGUGUGUACAUGUGGCGCAUAGACCUGUCGAAGUCAGAAAAGUAUUGGGACGGCUGGUUUAAAGGAACCUCCAACCUCUUCCUGGCUUGCAAUCUACCCAAACUCCUGCUACUGGCUGGAAUCGACCGGCUGGACAGAGACCUGACUAUCGGCCAGAUGCAAGGUAAAUUCAUGAUGCAGGUGCUGCCCCCCUGUGGACACGCAGUGGAAGAAGACCAACCAGACAGAGUGGCUGAGGCUGUGGCCUCCUUCCUGUUGAGACACAAGUUUGCUGAAGCCAGAAGUUAAACCAGGAGCUGCAACUCCUCAACACAAUGAGGUCAGCAGGUUUCGUGAAAGACCAGCAAAAAAGGAGCCCCAUGAUUGAGACCAGUCCAGACCUCCAAGCAUUUGUGUCUGCUGUUGUGUAGUUUCUGUUCUCCUCCAGUUAUUACCAGUAGUAUUUCAUACUAAGUCAAGCCAGAUAAUUAAAAGUACAGCAGUACACCAACACAACAACCCCAAAUAUUUGCUUUGACUUACCAUCUCUGAACAAAUCCCAGAGUUACUGUGAGUGGUUGACCACUGAGCAACAAAAGGCUGUCGCAGUCCAGAUCUGAGGAAGCCCAUCUGACCCUGGAAAAGAUUAGAAAAAACAGACAUUUGUUAAAUUUUCAGGAUGACAAAACACCAGUUAUACUCAAAAAAGUAUAAAUUAUGAGCUACUUAGUAACGUUGAGUCAGAAUCCUGAGACAGUCUGUAAAAACUACGACCUCUAAGAUUUUAUGAUUGGAAAUUUUGACUCACUAAAUCAAAAUGGCAACGGCACUCCUCAUUAGCAGUGGGCCCCCAACGGGACAAUACGCCAUGCCACACCACAAAAACAGCUCAGGAAUGGCCCAAGGAACGUGAGAAAGAGCUUAAGGCGUCGACCUGGCCUCCAAAGUGCCCAGAUCCUAAUCUGUUUAAACAUCUGUGGGACAUGCUGGUGCCCCACCUCAGAACUCAUGGGACUCAAAAGAUCUGAAGCUAACACCCUGGUGCCAGACACCAAAGGACACUCUCAAGAGGUCCUGUGUCCAUGCCUUAAGAGGUCAGAGCCAAAUCCAGUCAAAGAGGACCCACCGUAGUGUAGAUCAGGGGUAGCUCUGGGGUAGCUCUGGGGUAACAGCAUGUCCCUCGAAUGUUUGAUCAGAUUGGGAUCUGGGGUAUUUGAAGGCCAAGUUAAUGCCAUGAGCUCUUUGUCCAAUUCCUGGGGUCAUUCCUGAGCAGUUUUUGUGGUCUGGCAUGGUGCAUUGUCCUGCUGGGGGAGCACUGCCAUCAACAAGUGCUGUUGCCAUGAGGGGGCUGUGCUUGGUCUGCAACAGAGUUUGGGUGAGUGGAGCACGUCAAGUAGCAUCCACAUUAAUGCCAGGACCAGCAGAACAUUGUACUGUAACAAGAUGAUCAAUAUUCACUUCACCCACCAGUGGUUUUAAUGUUUUGGCUGAUCGGUGUAUCAUACUGUUAUCAGCAACAACCAGUAACCUGGUGCAGCCCCAAGUCAUGCCUUGUCAUAAAGCUUGCUUGAAAUGCCACUGGCUGCUUAAUUUUACCAUCCGGCGCCAAAAAAAUGGUGCCUGGUUUGCUGUUUAAGUAACUUACGUAACAACUCUGUUUUCUGUUUGAUUUUACCUCAUUAAACAAUAAUCAUGAAUGACCUACUCACCUGUUGUUUCAGUUUGUUUCUCCUGCAGAGCUGGGUCGAUGAAACUUUUACAAUUUCAAGACAAACACCAGAUAUUAGCCAAACAGUUUUGCUACUAUUAAAAAUUGUGGCACAGCGCAUGGAUUAUCACCAACAAAAUGCUCCACUCAGUUUAAUUUCUACUGAUUUUACAGUCAUUUUCUAUCUGAGUUUUAAUAUAGACUGUCUGACUGCGCGGGAUGUAGAAGCUAGCAACUGGUUCAUGUUGUAGCUAAAAGUAAAUGCUAGUUAGCUAAAGAUAAAAAUGUGCAAUGACGGAUGUGAAAAUGGUAGUUGAUGAAAGGGGUUCCAACACAAUGUCAUGGACAAAAUUUUCAAAAAUUUCCAUGACUUUUCAAGCCCCGAUAUUUUUUUUAAGUGUAAUUUUAGCUAGCUGGUAUACACAGUGGAAGAGACGUAAUGCAGGGGGGAAAUUAAGCGAUGUACCUGAUGGUAGACGAACAUCACACAUUGACGCAUAUUAGAGCUGCGUUUUCUCGAGAGCCUCAGAAAAUAAAUUUGCUGUCAUGUUACAAGUAUCCACAGAAGACGACUGUAGCCACCCAUGAUGUUUCCAAAACUUUUAAUAUUUUUUACUAAUUGUAUGACUUAUCCAGACCUGGAAAAUGUGACAGUGAAAUUCCAUGACUUUUCCAGGUUUUCCAUGACCAUGGGAACCCUAGAUGAAGCUUCACGACAUGAAACAAAAAUACUUUCACGGUAAUACUUACCUUGUUAGUUGUCAUGUAUGUUAAUUUCCUUACAAAAAGGCAGUGAAAGUGAAUGAAGUGCCGCUCAGACUCAGGUACGAGACACAUACAGGUAAAAAGCAAAAAAUUGAAUUUACUCUGUAAAAGAUAAGAUGAAGUUAAGAAAGUAUGUAACUUAAUUUUAACUUUAAAGGGAAUGAAUGAACAUGUUUUUAUUCACACGAGGAGCG